AUGAUCAAUACCACAGAAGUUUCUGCUACCAGUGAAGUUGGUUUGAAACCAAAUCAGGCCAAGGCGAGUACUAACUGGCUGGGUGUGAUUCUAACACAACCAAAACUUGUGAAAGCAGGAUUCGGUUCAGUUCACAAGAAUCAUCCCGAACAUAGCGGCGCAAGACUCUUGUAUAUGAGGACUAUUGUCCCGGACAAAUUAGAGCAAGACUUGUUGAUCUCGAAAAGCGUCGAUCAGGUACGCUUAUUGGCUGGAAUGUUUUUUUAUGUCAGAGCUUUAGGAAGUCUGGAAAAUACCAACAACACAGCCAUAAAGGUGUACAUAAAGAUCAAAUUACCAGGUGCCCCCGGAAGCCGUGAGAAGUGUCCACCUGCCUACAAGCGAACGACAUUGCUGGACAAUUUUCUACCUUAG